AUGAAAAUUCACUAAACCAACAAACAAAGCUUUAGGAAGCCAACUGAUAAGUUUUGGAAAGAACAACUCUUGUUCCUUAAUGAUUACUAGCAGUUAAUACCAAUGGAAAUUAUAUAGCUCAUGGAGAGAACAGCUCAAAAGUCAAUCUAAUAAAUUAUCAUUAGUGAUAUCGAUCCAGUCAUUAAGGCAUUUAAGCAAAAGUAAAGAAUCAUUUAGAUACCAAAUGUCAAUCCGUCCUCUCAGAAAGAUAGCAUUUAAUAGAUAGAUUUAGAACAAGAAAAAUAGCGAAAAAAUUUCGAAAUAAGAAAAUUGGAAAUGCUAUUUCAAAUUCUUGAAAAGUUUAUGGGAGAGUAUACUGCUGACCAAAAGUACGAUGAUCUUGACCCUUUAGAGAUUUAUGUAGAUUUCACAAAAAACCACAAGGGCUAUCUUGGAUGA